AACAUUUCAUUUACAUGAUGUCGUUUCCUCCCUAUAGGGUGGCGGUAACACAUCACAUACACCUCCACGAGCUCUUCGUUGCCUAACGGAAUCUCUCUGUCUCUCUCUCACUCAUUCAGUCAUUCUCACUCUAAAAUCUGGAGAUACAUUUUAUUUCGGGAUGCCAAAACUAAACUAAAAACACACCACACCAAUCACCUUAACAACCAAACUCCAAAAUCCCCCUUUCUCUCUCUACUCUCUCUCUCUCUUUUACUAUUUGCAUCACAAACUGUCUCGCCAUACUCCCAGUCCUCGCUCUCUGGAUUCAAUUCAGUUCAAUUCAAUUACCACGAGUAGUUUGUUGCAAGACCUAGUGGAGGACUUGUUGGACUUUUUAUGGACGUGAGUGGUUUUCUUUAUGGAGGCUGAGAGAUAAAAACGAUAUUAAUCAAUAACGAAAAAGCAUAAAAAAAUGGCUCCAGCUAGCAAGGCUGAUAAGAAGGCAGCAGUGGAUGCAGCCACAUGGAUGUUCAAUGUCGUCACUUCUGUUGGGAUAAUAAUUGUCAACAAAGCUCUUAUGGCUACUUAUGGCUUCAGUUUUGCAACGACAUUAACUGGUAUGCAUUUUGCCACCACUACUCUUAUGACGGUUGUCCUUAGAUGGUUAGGAUAUAUCCAACCAUCUCAUCUGCCUUUCCCAGAGCUUCUGAAAUUUGUUCUCUUUGCUAACUUCUCCAUUGUUGGAAUGAAUGUUAGUCUAAUGUGGAACUCUGUAGGAUUCUAUCAGAUUGCAAAGCUGAGUAUGAUUCCUGUGUCCUGUUUAUUGGAAGUUGUUUUGGACAAAAUCCGUUACUCAAGAGACACAAAACUAAGCAUAGCAGUUGUUCUCUUGGGUGUUGGUGUUUGCACUGUCACUGAUGUGAGUGUUAACACCAGAGGCUUCAUUGCUGCCUUUAUUGCUGUUUGGAGCACUUCACUACAACAGUAUUAUGUGCACUUCCUCCAACGGAAGUAUUCGCUUGGUUCUUUCAACCUCUUGGGACAUACCGCACCAGCCCAGGCUGCGUCACUUUUGAUUCUAGGCCCCUUCCUUGACUAUUGGUUGACAAAUAAAAGAGUUGAUGCCUACAACUAUAACCUAGCCUCUCUGAUGUUCAUAUUUCUGUCGUGUAGUAUCGCAGUGGGAACCAACCUCAGCCAGUUCAUCUGCAUUGGCAGGUUUACUGCUGUAACUUUCCAAGUACUCGGCCAUAUGAAGACAAUCCUUGUGUUGAUCAUGGGGUUCUUUUUCUUUGGGAGAGAAGGUCUGACUCUACAAGUCGUUUUUGGUAUGGUCAUUGCGGUAGUCGGGAUGAUUUGGUAUGGCAACGCCUCUUCUAAGCCUGGCGGAAAAGAGCGCAGAAGCCUCUCUCUUUCUACAAGUAGACAACAAAAGCACGGCGAAUCUGCUGAACUCGACGGGAAAGUCUGAAGAGUGCAUCUAGGAUAAACAUAGAAGCUGAGGAUUUUUAGGAUUUUUUUUACGUCACCAAGGUUAGAAAACCUCCAUUAGUAACCAUUUAUUUCAUCCUUGUUUUGUAAUUUCUAUAUUUGUCACGGUAUUCAAUCCCUUCUAGGGAGUGGAUGCUUGAGGAUAGGAGAAAAUUCCAUUAAAUUUUUAACAUUUUUUCUUGUCUUGUGAUCAUAAUUAUAGUAAUAUUAUUUUUCCAGCCUUUUGCUUUUUAU